UGCGACAGUAUUAACCGGCCUCCGUUACAGGUCGCACGUGCCGCGUUCAGUUAGAGCCCACUCGGGCUGAACUGAAACGAAAGUACGUAAAAGACGAAAUUAAAAAAAAAAACGAAGUACCGCGAAUCUUAAAUCCCUAAAGGGUGUUGAUCGCGGUGCCGAUUUUUUUCAAACCUUUUUUUCCGAAGUUACCGAUUAUUUCCAACUGGUCAAUUGGUCGGCCGCUCGACGUCCGUUCGAAGAGGUAAAGCGAGACACGCGUCGCCGGCUCUCCGCGAAGCUUUGACCGUGCUGCGAGAGGCGUGGGCUGAACCUAAAGCGCUCAGAGACCGUUGGAAAGCGGUGAGCGAGGACUCGUGUGAAACGUGCGAGCAGGCCAGCGUGCGAGCUAACAUGUGGAGCGGAGAGGUGCCAGCGCGGGCCUCGGCCUCGCCCGGCCUCCUGCGCCGCAGGUACUCCAUGCCCGAGACCAUCAUGAGGAAAUAUCGGUUAGCGCAACAAAGAUCAGAAAAUGAAUGUGAAGACGCCGGCAGGUGGAGUGCGACCGGUGCAUCAUCAGGAACGCGAGCUUCUUGCGCAUGGUGCGGCGCUCGUGCCGCCGGGGCGCGACGGGAGAGAGAACAUAUGCGUAAAUCCGCACUUUUACGCCUCUGGGGACGAGCUGGGGCUUCACCUGCGAGAGCUUGCCCUUGCGUCCCCUGCGCUCCCUGUGGGACCCGUUCUUUGGACGCUUCCCAUUCCGAAUUGCAUACUUCACCGCGACGAUUACGCUUGGAUACAUCCCGAGAUCGUAACUCAGAUUCAUCAGGAUCUCCAGCACGAGCCAUAUCGUCUUGCACAGAUCCUAUAACAGACGUAUCAUUACCCAGGGAGAUAUCAAGACCGAUUGUACCAGAGACAAGAAUAGUUCGGACACCAAUUGACAGUCCAACGUUACAUAUCGAUGAUCGAUCAUUUACCGACUCCUCAGAUGCUUUUACAACAUCGAUGCCUACUAUGAAAGAAGUUGGAUACAGAGGAUCACAAUAUGCCCAGAUAUCGACAAGUGAUUACAUUGAUGGUCGAGUUAGCGAGAGAUCUAUUAGCGCUGAAAACGAGGAAAGCAACAUGGUACCGUAUACUAAACCAUUAUCUUUAGAGACACCUUACGAUAUAUUAGAAAUUGUCGUUUCUGAAACAUUGGAUAUUCGUCCUGCAGCUAUUAAUAAUGUUUCACCUGAAAAACCUCCGCAAAUACUCAGAAAUCAGGCAGCAAUCACUCAAAAGAAUUCAGUGGUUCCUCAAAAGAAUUCAGUGGUUCCUCAAAAGAAUUCAGUGGUCCCUCAAAAGAAUUCAGUGGUUCCUCAAAAUAAUUCAGUAGUUCCUCAAAAGAAUUCAGUGGUUCCUCAAAAGAAUUCAGUUAGUCCACAAAAAAAUUCAGUGAUACCUCAAAAGAAUCCCGUGAUUCCGCAUAAAAAAUCUCAAACACCAAACAUAGACUUAGAUGAAUAUGUUUCAAACAUACUAGUAGAGAGUCUCAAUUCAUUGACAGACCAAUUGGAGUCAAUGAACGCAACAAUUGGUAACGAUAGAAAAAUGAGUAUUGUUGAGAAAGAAAUAAAAGUAAAACUUCAGAAUACAGGUGUUAACACAAUUGUGCAUUUAAGUCCGACUUCUAACAACCAAAUCAUUUUUGGCAAUGAGGAACUGUAUGAAAGUGAUAAUAGACGUGAUGACUGUAAUAACCCACGUGACAUUUGUAGUAGUAGCAAUAUUCGUGAAAGCGCUAUAAGUAUUGAAUCUAAUAACAACUUUACAUCAGCGGAAAGUUUAAGAAUUGACGAUGCAACACUUCUCAAUAGUCAACCUAAAGUCGAGUCGUUUAUAAAUAUUCCAAGUGAUACUGUAAAUAAGGCGGUCUUACAACAGAUACAAAAACUUUUCCAGGAAGAGCUUCAAAGUAUGGAACCUGAAUUGAACUCACCAGACGGUCCUAUGCCGAGCAUCUCGCAUAUUGAAAUUUCAAAUGUCGACGUAUUCAUAGAUAACAACGGUGGCCUUUUCUCCAAUAGUGAUGAAAUUGAAGUGCAAACUCAAAGAAAUGCCUCUGAAUAUGAAGUCCUAGGCGGUGUUGGUGCAGGAAACUAUUUUGAAGAAAAUGACGAUAAUGCUAUUGUUCCUCGGUUUUCUGCUUUUCCACACACAGAAUCAAUGGAGGUGAAUACUUCAUCAUCAGAGGAUGCUGAACUGUUGGGUUCUGAUUGCACAAGUCUUGUUGAUAGUUUAGAUGACCCAAAUUCACCGCGAUCUAUCCUUCUUCGAAGGUCCUUCAAUAAUAACAAGCGGAGUGAGCUUGUUCGAUCUGCUAUAGACGUUUUAGAUUUACUACCAGAAAAUGCUGAUAAACAUGACAUCACAUCUCCGAAAGAAAAGGGUGAAGCCUUCUUCAUAAGGAUAAAAGAUGAUAAUUGUGAUUGCGAGAAAGAAAACAUGAUUGUAGCAGAUCAUAUGCCAGAAACAAUAAAGCAAAGAUUAUUUAAGAGACACCGAAAAAGAGAACUGCGUAUGGAAUGUGCAAGACGAAGUAAAGUUAAACAACUAAAAAGGGAUUUAGAAAACGAAAAUCUCCAAAAUCAAAAAGAAGUGUAUCGAUCAAAAAAAGAAUUGGAGAAAGAAUGUAUGGCAAUAAUAAAUGCACUAAUUGAUGAUGUCAUUGCAAAGAUUGCACAAGACGAGUAUAAGUGUAUGCGUAUAAGCCAACGUUCAAACAAAUUAGUUGCAGCUAAGUCAGAUGAAAACCUGUUAAGAAAACAUUGGAAGAAGGAUAGUGAAAAUAAUAAUAACAGGAAUGCUCGUAAGUUGUCCAAGAAUGCAGUAUCACAUUCAUGUUCAGAGAACCUUGAUAAGGACUACAGAAAAGGAGAACGUCUUCUUCGUGGGAGAGUCUCUAUGCAAACACACCAUACUUCGAAUUCAUCUACAGACGAGAGCCCUCCGAAAAGGAUCUACCAAAAAUCCGAGAUACGCGAUGGGAACAAAUGUAUAGAAAUUCUUGAAAUUCUCGAAUAUGUGAAUAGUUCCCAAAACUCUGACACGACAAACUCGGAUGAAAACCACAAUUUGAGCUCAAGGAAUAAGAAAUCGAGAAUCCCUGUACCGGUUAACGAAAAAGUCCAAAGGGUACAUAAUAGCAGUUCACAAAGAAACCAGAAGACUAAUGGUAGCAGAUUAACUCCACCGAUCCUCUCAAAAGAGAGAAACGGCAAGUCGAGUCAUUUGUUGGCCAACAUGUUACUUGACGCGUUUGAAGACGACGACGUAACUCACGAUGUGCCAGUUCGUCGCGCUUCCGUGCCUUGUGAAUCACGUGCCAGGUCAAAUUCCUUGCGUUUCAAAAACGUAUUCGACAUCAUACCGGAGGAGCGAAGUAGUUUAAGUAUAGAAUCGACUGACGAUUCCUACACACGGAGAGCAUCCGCCCCAAGUUUAAGCGAAGGCUUACAUUCCACUGAUCAAGACGAACGACGAAGACCGCCUGAAUCUCAAAAUCGGUCAAAAGAAUUAAAGAUUCCUGAUGUGAGAAAUACAGGGACAUCUCCUAUGACGGAUCCGUAUCGUUCACAAGUGAGUGUAGGCGCAAUGACGUCACCUAUACGAAAGUCAGCUGGGACCAGUCCUAUUCGGAUACCCAGUGCGGAACCGAGCGAACGACGACAUUACCAGUCACCUAUCAGCUACCAACAACAAAAGCCCAAGCGAGUGACGCCUCAAAGACGGGAAGAAGAAGGUAUCUCACGCACUCUCGCACCAAUCUUAUCACACCGCACAGCUUCCACUAUAUUUGUAGAAUGUCCAACAAGGCGUACAUCGGUGCCAUUAACAGAACCCACUAGACGUCUGCGAGGUGGUUACAGCGAAUCUGAGACAGCGAAUCCUCUCUUCCGUCUAAAGCGUGGGAAGAGGCAGGACGGACAUGUCAGCUCCAAUGUCAUCGGCUCUGAAAGACGUUCUUCAGAGGAAGUGUCUUCUGUCGGAGAUAGAGACAGAAGGAAAGAGAAGUCAAGAGUCAAAGAUGUAUUGGGAUGUAGGCGAGGGAAGACUGAAGUUAAGGUGGAGUCACAUAAGAAGGAGCGGGUACAGAAGACCGCUUUCGGACGGAGUGAGGAAGAUGGCGCGGAGGAGAUGUGGAGCUCGAGCGAGUCGAGCGGCAGCUUGCUGUGCUCUCUGGCGCCGGCAUGGCUGACGGCUCGCCGCAGACGACGACGCGCCGCACCGCCUGGAGAAUGGGCAGUGACAGUCGCUGGUUCCUGUCCAGCAGCCUUGCCCAACGACGUGGAGAUGCGGCUGCGCUUCCCCGACCCCAGCCGUCGGUCAGCUCCCGCGCCGACCCCGCAGCCCCCGCCCCCGCCCCCGCCCGCCUGCCCCCGCGCCGUGGAAUGCGGCGCGCAAUGCUCGCAGAGCGGACGACCUCGCCGGGUGCUGGACGACGCGGGCAGACUCACACUCACCGUCAAGAAAGAGGCUUCAGACUCUUCAAUCGUAGCGUCGAAGAGUGUCAAGAAGUCAUCGGAUCUGCUGCCCGAUCUACACACGUACCGCGCCUCGCGCAGCAAAACACGCAGCUCCGUCAAGACGCGGCGAGGGUACUCCCUGCACUGUUGGCUACCGGAAGACGAACCUACGCCGAUAAGAGCACGUAACGGACUGGCAGUGGAGGGCAGUGCUAUCGUACCUCACCGGAAACCGCGAGUGCCUUCGAUGAGUGAGCGAGAUCUCACUCGAGGACCCUUCUCAAGACACCUCCGUCAUCUCUUCUAACCUCCUCUUCCGUCCUUUAAUG